AUGCUUCGCAUUGGACGCUGCGAUGUUGAGCUUUAUUUUCCAAUCGAGCUCGCCAUGUCAAACAUGGCACGACCAAAUGAAGCAUUAAUACAACUCGCUUCAGCUCUAACGCAUGCAAUUAGUGCAGGCAGCGACAGCAAUGUAAAGCUCUACAAGAACUUCUCUCGAAAACUAAACUUACUUGAUAUCGACGAUGGUAGCAGUAGCGACAAAAAUGUAGUGCCAUUUGAGCCCCAAUCGGACCAGGAAGACAUGACCAUGCAGCCAUCGAUCACUGACAGCUCUGACAUUACUAUCUUCAUCAUCGUCAUAAUUGCAGGACUUGUGAUUCCUUUGGGUCUCAUGUUUCUUAUGCUUGUGUUCCGAAGAAGCAAGAAUGAUGCAAUUCUCAGCGAAUGUGACGCCAACCCACCACCGGACAACUCGCGUUUCUGUAUGAAACGCACGACGUUUGCCGUUCCGGAAGCGAGUCAUAGCCGCCUCGAAGAAACCAACUCAAGCGAAUCUGUCGUUCCUGUACUCGGUGAAACCAAUAAGAACGAGUGCACGCUUUUAGAAGGUCAUCCCCAAGAAAUGAAGCCGUUAUGGACCGAAGCCAGCGCUGUUUCAAGCUCCUACAGCAUUGUAUCUCCCAGCAAUCGCCAAUCGAGACUAGGGCCACCGACUCUAGUCUACGCGCCAGCUCGAGGACGUGGCCUGAACGAUAGUCAAGCAGAAAGCGACAACAGCUCCCACACUGACGACUACUCGAUCGAUGUACUCGAAUCGCCAGUGUCCUCAGAGUAUAGCUAUAGCUCAGAAGGGGACGACGUGUUUCCAUCAACAUUCUGGGAUGUCGAUUCUUACCGAAGUAUGGACUGCACGUUUCUGUCUACAACAUCUGCAGAUGUGUUUGGUUCGAAUCGUGGCCGAGACAGUAAAGCAUGGAAUCAGGUCUACGGGUAUAGUGACACGCCUUGUAUUAGCUUGAGACAAAAGCCUUUGUCUUCGGGUAUUUUCUUCGCAAGAAAUAUCGAUCCGGCUGUAAUGAGACGGAUGCGUCCUGACACCCACGCCUAUGGUACUCGAGCUGACAAACGAAUGCGUCUUGACAUUGAGGUAUGA